AAUGGUAGGAGAAGGGGAGGGACAGACUGUGGUGGUGCUGGUGGUGGGUGGGGGGUGCUAGGGCGGACUCUCUGAAGGAAGAGGAGGAGGAGAGGAGGAUGCGUAGCCCGAGCACAAUUGGAAGCAGCAGGGAGUGAAGCAGCAUCUGUGUGAGGCGAGAGAAAGAACCUGCAUGGAAUGGAGGAGGGCUAGAGCGACACUGUAGCUGUUGUCAAGACUCCCACCACGUCCACGACCACUGCCUCACCCGUCUGUAUGUUAAUGGCAGACACUCAGAGCAGCUCUGGGAUGCCCAAGGGACCAGCUGUGUGGAUCUGGUGCCACCUCUGAUAUGAUGCUGAGAGCAGGAAGAGCAGCCACCUUUCUCGCACUGCUGCUGCUGCUGCCGUUGCUCUGCUGGUGUCAUCUGUGCCACUCGUUGCGGGUUCCAAAACUCUCCUCCUAUGCCAAAGCAGAGGACAAACUGUUCAAAUAUCUCUUUGGAAACUAUCAGAAAUGGGUUCGCCCAGUGGCAUACCUAAACCAGACGAUCAGUGUAAAGUUUGGACUGGCUAUCUCCCAGCUAGUUGAUGUGGAUGAGAAAAACCAACUGAUGACAACCAAUGUUUGGAUGAAACAGGAGUGGGCUGACAUGAAACUCCGGUGGAACCCCGAUGACUACCUGGGAAUUACAACUAUCCGAGUACCCUCUGACCGGAUUUGGCUUCCUGAUGUUGUACUGUAUGAUAAUUCAGAUGGUCGUUUUGAGGGAACUGUCACUAAGGCUGUUGUUAAGUAUGAUGGAACCAUAUUAUGGACGCCUCCAGCUAAUUACAAGUCAGCCUGCACUAUCGAUGUCACCUUCUUUCCUUUUGACCUCCAGAACUGUUCAAUGAAGUUUGGCUCCUGGACUUACGAUGGCUCCCAGGUGGAUGUAAUUCUGGAGGAUUUCCACGUGGACAAGCAGGACUAUUUUGACAAUGGCGAAUGGGAGAUAGUGAAAGCCACAGGUAGCCGUGGCCUAAGAACUGAUGGUAGCUCUUCCUAUCCCACUAUCACCUACUUCUUUAUUAUCCGCAGACUGCCUCUUUUCUAUACGCUCUUCCUCAUCAUCCCCUGCAUUGGCCUGUCCUUCCUCACUAUCCUUGUCUUUUAUCUGCCCUCAAAUGGCGGGGAGAAGAUCUCUCUCUGCACCUCAGUGCUGGUGUCGCUCACUGUCUUCCUCCUGGUUAUUGAGGAGAUAAUCCCCUCCUCUUCCAAGGCUAUCCCUCUUAUCGGGGAGUACCUGGUCUUCACCAUGAUCUUUGUCACACUCUCGAUUGUCAUAACCGUCUUUGCCAUCAACAUUCACCACCGGUCUUCUUCUACACAUCAUGACAUGGCACCCUGGGUGAGGAGGAUUUUCCUGCAUCGGCUCCCAAAACUGCUGUGCAUGCGCAGCCAUGUGGACCGUUACGCCACCACUGGAGUGGUCAGGGCUGGCGGACCAGUGGGACUGGGCAGGAUUAAAGACUCAACACGCGAGCUCAAUCCUCCACUCUACACACGACACAACCUACAAGCAGCUUUGGAAUCUAUUCGCUACAUAACCAUGCACGUGGUUAAGGAAAAUGAGGUCAGAGAGGUGGUACAAGACUGGAAGUUUGUAGCCCAGGUUCUGGAUCGAAUGUUUUUGUGGGCCUUCCUCCUAGUGUCAAUCUUGGGCUCUGCCCUCCUCUUUAUCCCAGUUAUUUACAAAUGGGCCAGCAUAAUCGUCCCUACCCAUGUUGGAACGCUCCUCUAAGAUCCAAAGUUCAGCUGUCCACUACCGGGAGCAAAGUACAUUAACAGCUCAUGAUGGUCAUUUGAGAUUUGAAAGACUGAGAUUACCAUAUAUAAAAUAAUUCUGUAGUGGUGUAGGUCAUUCUCUCCAAGACAGUUUCUUGGAAAGCAUAAGUUUAAAGUGCAUACUAUGGUAAUUAGUAUGUAAUACGAAGUAUAUAGAAAAAGUGCAGAGUUUGGAUUUGACAAACUCUUUCUAAGGAUACCAACUUCUGUGUCCCUGAGUUUAAUGAUGUCUUAAAUGAGAUCAUCUCAAUUUUCACCAUUUUUCACUCAUAAAUAAAUGCAAUAUGUAAUAUUCAUUUGACCCUGUGUACCUGAUGUUGUUGAGCGGUGAUUUAUUAUCAACGAGAACAAACUGUCGAACAGAACAACUGCCGCUGCUUUUCAAUGGUAAUUUAUGUGCUUAAUUUUUGUGUGCACACCCAUUAUCUAUAGUUUUUAGUAUUUUAACUGUUGAUGAUCAAUCUGAUUAAAGAUUUUAUAUCUCCUGGG